CUCCCCGUUCCGCAGCCUGUGCGGGAGGGAGGGAGGGAGGUGUUUUCCCGAAGUGCAAAGAAAAGUCCGUGGGAUUCCCCUCCUCCCCCCCUUCGGGCGCGUUCGCACGCUCCCUCAGGCAUGAUGCUCAAGAUGCUGCCGUUCAAGCUGCUGCUGGUGGCCGUGGCUCUCUGCUUCUUCGAGGGGGACGCCAAGUUCGGAGAGAGCGGCGCCCGGAGGAGAAGGUGCCUCAACGGGACUCCGCCGCGGCGGCUGAAGAAGCGCGACAGGCGGCUGCUGUCCCCGGAGGCGCCGGGCGGCGCGGAGGCGAUCUGCCGCGGCCUCUACCCGCGCCUCUCCUGCUGCUCCCGCGCCGACGCGCAGGGGCUGCUGCACGCCGGGGCCAAGAUACUUUCCGUCACGAACAACACAGAAUGUGCGAAGCUACUGGAGGAAAUCAGAUGUGCACACUGCUCACCUCAUGCCCAGAAUCUUUUCCACUCACGUGAGAAAGGGGAAACUUCUGAAAGAGAACUAACUCUUCCCUACUUGUGCAAAGACUAUUGUAAAGAAUUCUAUUAUACUUGCAGAGGUAACUUACCAGGUUUUCUCCAAACUACAGCUGAUGAGUUUUGCUUUUACUAUGCAAGAAAAGAUGGUGGUGUAUGCUUUCCAGAUUUUCCAAGAAAACAAGUGCGAGGGCCAGCUUCUAACUCCCUGGACCACAUGGAGGAAUAUGACAAAGAGGAAGAGAUCAGCAGAAAACACAAGCACAACUGCUUCUGUAUUCAGGAAGUCAUGAGUGGACUGAGGCAGCCUGUUGGAGCAGUGCAUUGUGGGGAUGGAUCUCAUCGCCUCUUCAUUCUUGAGAAAGAAGGAUAUGUGAAGAUUUUCAGUCCUGAAGGAGAUCUGAUCAAGGAACCUUUUUUGGAUAUACACAAGCUUGUUCAAAGUGGAAUAAAGGGAGGAGAUGAAAGAGGACUGUUAAGCCUUGCAUUCCAUCCCAAUUACAAGAAAAAUGGAAAGCUGUAUGUGUCUUAUACCACCAACCAAGAACGGUGGGCUAUUGGACCUCAUGAUCACAUCCUUAGGGUGGUAGAAUACACAGUAUCCAGGAAAAAUCCACAACAAGUUGAUAUAAGAACAGCAAGAGUGUUUUUAGAAGUAGCAGAACUACAUAGAAAACAUCUAGGAGGGCAGCUUCUGUUUGGCCCCGACGGCUUCUUAUACGUUUUCCUUGGAGAUGGCAUGAUUACUCUCGACGAUAUGGAAGAAAUGGAUGGUUUAAGUGAUUUUACAGGUUCUGUGUUACGCCUCGAUGUAAAUACUGACCUGUGCAGUGUCCCUUAUUCCAUACCACGGAGCAACCCACAUUUUAAUAGCACAAACCAACCUCCUGAAAUUUUUGCACAUGGACUCCACAAUCCAGGCCGAUGUGCUGUGGAUCACCACCCUGCAGAUGUAAACAUCAAUUUAACUAUACUUUGCUCAGAUUCAAACGGAAAGAACAGAUCUUCUGCAAGAAUCUUACAGAUAAUAAAGGGUAAAGACUAUGAAAGUGAGCCUUCACUUUUAGAAUUCAAACCAUUCAGCAGUGGAGCCCUGGUCGGUGGAUUUGUCUAUCGAGGUUGCCAGUCCGAAAGGCUCUAUGGAAGUUACGUAUUUGGAGACCGCAAUGGAAAUUUUUUAACGCUGCAACAGAAUCCUGCAACUAAACAGUGGCAAGAGAAACCCCUCUGUCUUGGCAACAGCGGAUCAUGUAGAGGUUUCUUUUCAGGCCCUGUCUUGGGAUUUGGUGAAGAUGAACUAGGCGAGAUUUACAUAUUAUCAAACAGUAAAAGUAUGACACAGACUCACAAUGGAAAACUCUACAAGAUCAUCGACCCAAAAAGGCCUUUAGUUCCUGAAGAAUGCAAAAGAACAGCUCAGUCGGCACAGAUACUGACAUCUGAAUGCUCAAGGCACUGUCGGAACGGGCACUGCACUCCUACAGGAAAAUGCUGCUGUAACCAAGGCUGGGAAGGAGAGUUCUGCAGAACUGCGAAGUGCGACCCAGCGUGCCGACAUGGAGGUGUCUGUGUAAGGCCUAAUAAAUGCUUAUGUAAAAAAGGCUAUCUGGGCCCCCAGUGUGAACAAGUGGAUAGGAACAUCCGAAGAGUUACAAGGGCAGGUAUUCUCGAUCAGAUCCUAGACAUGACAUCCUACUUGCUGGAUCUAACCAGCUAUAUUGUAUAGUUUUGGGGACUGUUUGGAAACUACACUUUCAACGGGCAUUUGUUUUGAAUCCUAUCAUUUUUUAAAGACUGUUAUCCUGCAACAAAUACCAGUGAUUUGAUUUACUUUAUUAAUUUAAAUAUAAUAUUCAGAAAUGUGCAGAUAACUUCAUUGUUUAUGUGUUAAUAUCUGUGUACAUCUUCUAGAUGUACAGGUACCCAACACAUAUAUGGGCAAGCAGUAUCGCAAAUACGGUUUUACAGCUAGUGGAAUUUUUCAAUAUGUAUUUCUUCAUGAGAAAUAGUUUACAAAGCAAUUCCACUACAAAACAUUUUCAUUUAAGGACUUUCCCAAUGUCAUAAUGGAUUCACUGACAUCCCAGAAACCUUGCGUCUGCAACUGGCUAAUCAUUGCAGUAAGAGAGCAGUUUUGAACCAUCACCAUAUAAACUGCUGGACUUAAUGAAAUCCAGUUGUAACAGUUUUUAAGGUGAAAUGAACUACGUUAUGAGACUAUUUCAUAACUGCUUUAUGCAUUCCUAUCUAGGCAAUUCAUUGUAAGACUGUAAUCUUCACCUUCAUCAAUGUAACUCUAUUACAGACCGUUACGUAUUUCCUUAUCUAGCAUAGAUGCAAAAAUCUGGUUAUCGCAGCUUGAUAUCAAGAUUGUUUCAAGUGUUUAAUAAUUAAAUUAUACUCACAUAUUUCAAAACCAGUCAUCCUAGAAGGUCUGCUUUCUAUCAUGUAUUUUAUUUAACAAUGGGCACUGGGUUCAUCUUACAUAUUUAUAUUAUUUUAUUUUAUUUUUAUAAUAUAGACAUCACUUAGAUGAGACAGCUUUACUAUGUCCUGUGUAAUACUAAUGUUACAUUUUUCACCAAUUUAAUUGGAGAGAUGGGGAAAGAACAAACACUUUAAUGUAUUGUGGCUCUGUAUCCUUGUGUCAACUUGUAUUCAUUUACAAUGGAUGAAAAAAAAAAACAAAAAACCCACCAACCAAACAUUAAAAUUCCAGCAUGUAUUAAAAGCGCUCAUAAAAUGAUUAUCACUAUAACAGGACAGGCUAGAUUAUACACAACUAGACUGCCACAGAUUUCACACUGAAUGGAACUUCACUGGAUGAAAGCUCACAUUAGCAGUUGUUGGCUGUGUAAGAUGUCACUUGUAUAAAACGUAUAACAAUUAUUGCCAAAUAUGGUUUUAAAUGUAAAUGUUUCUUGAAGAGCUAACGUAAAAUUGAUUUUUUGUAAAUGUAUCAAUAAAUAUGGUGUACAUGCUAUA